CGUCCGUUCUUUUUCCCUCAGAAACCACCAUCUUCCAGAGGGUUCUGCAACUCCGAUGGCGUCUGAUCUCGCGGCAAAGGCGAAGGAGGCUUUCAUCGACGAUCACUUUGAACUCGCUGUUGACCUCUAUUCUAAGGCCAUCAUCAUCAACCCUAACAACUCCGAGCUUUUCUCCGACCGUUCUCAGGCUAAUAUAAAACUCAAAAACUUCACCGAAGCUGUUGCUGAUGCAAACAAAGCAAUUGAACUGGACUCCUCAAAUCCAAAGGCAUACCUGCGCAAAGGGAUGGCAUGUUUCAAUCUUGAAGAAUAUCAGACUGCCAAAACAGCCUUUCAAUUGGGAUCUAGAUUAGCUCCAGAAGAUACAAGAUUCACAGAUUGGAUAAAAGAGUGUGACAAGUGCAUUGCAGAGGAAAUUGGUGAGCUACCAAUGAAGUCAUCGGAUGUAACCCCUACUAAUGUUGUGGCUCCUAGUUCACUGGGAAAAACCGACGCGACUGCAAAAAAUGCUGAGCAAGUAAAGAAUAUAUCUAGCGAGGUGAUCACCACAACACCAGCAAAACCAAAAUACAGGCAUGAAUUUUAUCAGAAACCAGAGGAGGUCGUAGUGACGAUAUUUGCUAAGAGAAUACCGGCUGAAAGUGUUUUUGUCAAUUUUGGGGAGCAAAUACUAAGUGUAACUAUUGACUUGCCUGGGGAAGAUUCAUACAUUUUCCAGCCUCGCUUGUUUGCAAAGAUAAUCCCCGCAAAGUGCAGAUACAGUGUUCUCACAACCAAAAUUGAAAUCCGACUUGCAAAAGCAGAACCUGUACACUGGACAUCCCUCGAAUUUGGUAAAAAUAGUUUGGUUGCACGGAGGAUCAAUGAAUCUACAGGUAAUCAAAGACCUGUAUAUCCUUCCUCAAAAGCAACCAAAGACUGGGAUAAGAUUGAAGCUCAAGUGAAAAGGGAGGAAAAAGAUGAAAAACUUGAUGGUGAUGCAGCUCUUAACAAAUUUUUCCGCGACAUAUAUAAAGAUGCAGAUGAGGAUACAAGAAGGGCCAUGAGAAAAUCUUUUGUUGAGUCGAAUGGGACGGUGCUGUCGACAAAUUGGAAAGAAGUGGGAUCGAAGCAGGUGGAAGGAACCCCUCCGGACGGUAUGGAAAUGAAAAAAUGGGAAUAUUGAAAUUAUUAGCGUUGUGUGUUUUGGCUUGGACCUUCUUCUUUGUUAGCUUGAUUAUUGCUUUGAAGCUGUUCAUAGUCUUUUCUUUCACCCCAAAUUCAAUAUUUAAAUCCCCUCAUGUACAAGUUUGCAUUGCAGUCAUGGCUUGGCUUUGAUUUGAACUGUGGUUCCAUAUUUGGUUGACCCAUUGUUCUGGAAACAUAAUGUAUCAUUAGCAUCCUCGUUAUUUUUU